AUGUCGUCCACCACCAUAGCAAAGAAGAACAAGGGGAAGAAAGUGGCCGACCCAAACGAGACAUCCAAGUUACUCGCGGCCAAGAUCUCCCAACUUGAGCAAGACGCGGCUGGGGAGAAGGAUCAGGAACAAGAGAUCGAGCGCGAAGUGAAGAAGGCGACUCGAGAUCUGAACCAGCUCCUUAACAACAUUGAAUCCCCUAUGACCCGUCUGGAAACUGUCCACAAAAAGUACACCGAGCUGCUAGCGGAUAUGAAGAAGCUGGAUCGAGACUAUUCGAAGAGCAAAAAGCGCGCGGAUCAACUACAGAAGGACCAAGAGAAAGGGAAAUCAGAGUUGAAUAAGACCGUGACCAUGAAGGAUAAGCUGGAGAAACUCUGUCGCGAGCUGACCAAGGAAAACAAGAAGGUGAAGGAUGAGAACAAGAAGCUCGACGACACCGAAAAGAAGGCUCGUCUGAUCGUGAACGAACGGCUCGACUCUCUCCUCUACGAUAUCCAAGACGUCAUGGCUGCCAAGGGAAAUCCUCGCAAUGAGAAGGUGGAUAUCGAUCUGGAUGAAGCCCUUCGUGCAAAGCUGAAGACCAUCAGUGAGCAAUUCGAUACACGCGAGCUUCAUUACAAAUCCCUCCUCCGUAGCAAGGACGCCGAGAUUCAGAGCCUCACAUCCAAGUAUGAGGAGCAACGCCGAACAGCCGACAAUGAGACCGCUCGCGGUCGAGCUCUAAGUGCCCAGGUCUCUACCUUUUCCCAUACCGAAGCGGAGCUACGUAGUCAAUUGAACAUUUAUGUGGAGAAAUUCAAGCAGGUUGAGGACACCCUGAACAACAGCAAUGAACUCUUCUUGACGUUCCGAAAGGAGAUGGAGGAGAUGUCCAAGAAGACCAAACGCCUUGAGAAGGAGAACCACACCCUUAACCGGAAGCACGAACAGACCAACCGCAACAUCCUUGAAAUGGCUGAAGAGCGUACUCGCAACCAAGAGGAACUCGAACGCUGGCGCCGCAAGUGCCAACACCUCGAAGCCUUGUGCCGACGUAUGCAGGCCCAGGGCCGUGGUGAAGGCUUGGCUGAGGGUGACGACCACUUGGACCAUGAUGACGAGGGUACCGAGAGCGAGUAUGACGAUGAUUACGAGGAUGAAGACGACUUGAGCGAAGACGGAGACCUUGACGGACAUGAUCACGGUCGUGAUAUCCCCCGAACCAAUGGCCCUACUGAACGACCUGUCUUUGGGCCACCUCCGCCCCCCAACCUCUUGGAGGCGCGGGCUACCAAGAAUGCCGUCGUCAAUGGGUGCCACUAA